CUUUUUCCCCCAUCUGUCAAAGAGGAAGCACUUUGUCUUUGUUUUGAAAUUUUUGUUUUAUCGCGUAAUGAGCAGGUAAAAAGUGUAAAAAUUUAAAUACUCAGGUACGAAAAAACACUGCCAAUGUGUUAAGCAUUUUGCGUUGGUGUCCACAAUUCGGAGAAUCUUGAAAAAACAUUGGACUUGGCAACGGGAUCGUUGCUAUAGCAAGCAUAUAUCUGCGACGAAUCUGUAACCAGUUGUGGGAAUUAAAGUGGUCAAGGGCAUACAUAUGUACGCGGAGUGAGCGACGAAGAGUUUGUUUAAAGCGCAACUUCCGCUGAUAAACUUUCCAAAAUUCUACGUUAUCUCGCUGGGCUCAGCUGCAACUGCAGCUUGUGGUUGGCACUAAUCCUAUUAACAUUAACUGCCUGCGUCAGCGUUACCGUCUUGGUGCUGUUAGUUAAAUAUCAUUGGCUGCGGCUGCAUCCCGACGAACUGUUUCGGAAAAAUCCUCGUGCUUAUUACUUCCGUUUGCAGUGCAUCGCAAACAUCGAUCGCUUCCUGGCUUUGUAUGCUAAUGUUUCACGACAGAUGGAUAGCGUAUUUGAAGCAUACUUAGGCCCUGACGGGAUGUUGGCUGGCGCUGUAGCUGGUGCGGUCGGUGAGCCAGACGAUAUACCCAAAGUUAACACCACCGUAUGGGUGCUGGGCAAACGCUAUAAUGCAAUACAAGAGAUCGAUUUAAUACGCCGCGAUAUUCAGUCGCGCAUGUGGUGUACCUAUCGCCGUGGAUUCGUGCCGCUUGGCGCGCCACAAUUGACCACCGAUAAAGGUUGGGGUUGUAUGUUACGCUGUGGGCAAAUGGUAUUAGCACAAGCUUUAAUCGAUCUACAUCUUGGACGCGACUGGUUUUGGACACCGGAGGUACGAGAUUCAACGUAUUUAAAAAUUGUUAAUCGUUUCGAAGACUCACGAAAAAGUUAUUUCUCAAUACAUCAAAUCGCUCUUAUGGGCGACUCGGAGGAUAAAAAAGUAGGUCAGUGGUUUGGCCCAAACACAGUAGCGCAGGUUUUGAAAAAAUUAGUACGCUACGACGACUGGUGCUCUAUAGUUGUACAUGUGGCAAUGGAUAACACAAUAGUGACUGAUGACAUAUAUUCGCUUUGCCUUGAGAAACCAAACAAUGAUGAAUCCUGGAAGCCUCUACUACUCAUUAUUCCACUACGCUUGGGGCUCAGCGAAAUAAAUCCCAUUUAUAUACCUGCGCUAAAAAGUUGUUUUGAGCUAGUUGGCAGUUGUGGCAUGAUUGGUGGUCGUCCCAAUCAAGCGCUAUACUUUGUUGGCUAUGUAGACGAUGAAGUUUUAUAUUUGGAUCCACAUACGACACAACGUUCGGGAUCAGUGGGUCAAAAAACGUCACAGGAUGAGGUGGAUUUCGAUGCGACAUUUCAUCAGAGAUAUGCUGGGCGCAUAAGUUUUCAGCAAAUGGAUCCUUCAAUGGCGAUGUGCUUCCUGUGUAAAUCACGCCUGAGUUUUGAAGUUUUACUCGAUAACCUACGCACACAGGUGUUGGCCGCCUGCACACAGCCGCUGCUCGAAAUCACAAAGUCUCGCUCAACGGAAUGGGUCUCCACGUCGGCAGGUAUUGAGUCAAAUUUUACUACACUAAAUACAGCGGGGUUGGUUAACUUCAACGCGUGCUCAACGUCAACAACAGCUUCUAGCGCCGCCUCCAGUGAUGCUACCAAUAGCAAUACACCUCGCACAACCAUAGUUAAAACUAUAGGGACGUCUGCACGUGCUACGGGAGCAGCAGAGGCGGCGGCUAUUAUUGAAAAUUAUAAGAAUCGUUGCAAUCGAACUAUAAGUUCUUGUGAUUCCGAAGACUUCGAGAAUGUGAAUCACAUCCAUGCAACUGGUUUGACGAGUAAUGGCUGUGACGCCAACUUGGAGGGCGACUCAGAUGAAGAUUUUGAAAUAAUUUCAUAGUUCUAGAAAUAAAUGUUAUAUUGAUAAUGCGUAAAAUGAAAGUAUAAGAACGAAGUGUCUUUAUGCUCAAGCAAUUUCUCUUUCAAAAUAUGCGCGGACGACAACUGAGCGAAAGACAGCAUUUUUAUUUAUAUGACUUUUUCUGAUUUGCAAUUAUUUUGUAUUAGUUAUGCUAUUUUUUUUUUAUACAAACCACAAAUGCACACAUAAUAACGCUGUAAAUAGCUUCUUAUAAAUGCUAACAAUAGUUUUAAGUGAACGCUUUUUCUGAUUGCAAAACAAAAAUCUGUGCCAGUGCCAUUUCACUAAAGUGAAAAUGAGAGAAGGCGGUCGGCGGCAAAAGCACACUGAAGGAGGCGUCCGACAGAGCGUUUUAUUUUAAUAGUCAAUAAUUUAGCAUGAAUUCGUCAUGAUUAAA